UAAAAUAUUGGAUUGAAAGUUUACAUUAUUGAUUGCAUGUAGUCAUUAAGACAUAUCUUGAUUUACAGCAUUGUUACAUGCUUAGAUUGAUUGCUGUUAUGAAAUAUUUACCAACAGUCACAAAAUAGGCAAUAGUCCAGAAAACUGACAAUACAUGGAUAUACCUGGUAUAGCGACAGGGUGCUAGGGAACAUUAAGUUCACUUUAAGGUAGAUAAAAACCAGGAAAUGAAAGAGAAAAUUGUAUGGCUUUGUGUUGGCCUUUAUUUCAAGUAAUAAGAAAUUAAAGGGAUUGCUUUCUUGUGUACAGGGUUGGAUAGGUAAAAUUACCAAAGUAUGAAAUGUAAAAGACGGGCAAUUUAAAUAUCAACCAACACAGAUCGCGACACAGUGUAUAUUUACGUAGUUUUCCAAUAUUCCAUGGAAGUAUGAAUAUAAGUGCAUAGGAGAAUUUGAAAUGGGAAAUAACAUAUCCAGAUUGAACUGCAGUAAAAAUAAAAAAAGGAAAAAGAAGAAAAAGAAAUUAUCUGGAGAUGUAGAUAGACACAGGGACUCACUCAAUAGUCUACAUAACAAAGCAGGAAAACUUUUGCCAAAGAUCAGUCCAAAUGACCGUAGUCUCGUGGAGGACAGUAUUAGGUCAGCUGAUAAAAAGCAUGGAGAACUUCAGACAAAGAUUGACAGAACAAAGAACCAGUUUGAUGUUGUAUCGGGAAAUCUUUCGGACAUCAAGGCGGAAGUGGACAAAUACUUAUCAUGGCUGACACAGCAAGAACAGUUGCUGUCAGAAGAAGUAGCUGCAGGCAAACAUGUUCAAAAUGUUGAAUUGCGAUUAGAAAAUCUGAAGGUCCUGUGUGAAGAGAUGCAGUCUAAGCAAGCAACAAUAGGAAUAGUGAAAGGAAAAGUAGAGGACCUGAUGAGAGAUCUUCCCCAGUCAGAGAGAGAUGUGGUGGACCAAUGGGUGGUGGAAGUCUAUGAUCAGCACCAUAAAGUCUAUAGUCUGGCAACAGAUCAGCAUAAGCUGCUGGCCAGCAGUGUCAGACAGAGGGAGGACUUUUACUACAAACUACAACAGCUCUACCAGUGGCUUCAGAGCAAGGAAAAGGAAGCCUGUAAAUUUCAGAGUGUACAUCUAGCUAGUCAAGAUGUGGAGAAACAAGUAGAGAGAUGUAGGACGUUGCAAAAUGAGAUAAUGGGCCAUAAACCACAAAUUGAGGAGCUUCAGAAGAGAGGGAAAAUGUUACAUGUUGACUGUACCCCUGAAGAAAUGGCAGAAAUUGACAACAAACUUACAGAUAUGAAUACUCGUUAUUCAACACUACUGAAUGACCUCUCUACUUUCCAUAACCACCUACGGGAUAGUAUAGCAGCCAGAAAAAACUUUGAAACUGAUCUACAUAAAAAUGAUAAAUGGUGUAAAGAAACUGAGAUGAAAUGUGCUAUAGAGCCAAGUUUAGACUCAGCUGUAGAGGUCUUGGAGGAACAGCUCUCACAUUACAAGGGUCUGCAAAAAACUUCAAAAAUGUUUGAAUCACUGGUAAAGGUUAUUGUAGAAACUGGACAGUCUUUUAAGCCUAGCCUCCAUGAAGACGAGAAAUACAAACUGGAUCAAGAAAUACAAAAUGCAAAUGAAAAUUUCCAAAGGUGUGCAGAUCUUAUUCAAACCAGACUACAGGAUCUUCAAACAGCUCUGUCAACUCGAUCUGAAACCCAAGAACGCAUUUCGAAAGCCAUAAAUUGGAUUGACAACAUUGAGAAGAAAUUUAAACAACUGCCAAAAACAAGUGGUUUUGAUUUAAGAGAUGGUGAAAAAAUCUUGGAGCAGUGUGAAGUGAUUGGAGAAACCCUAUCUACCUAUCAACCAACUGUUACUCAAUUGAACCAAGAAUCAGAGAGGCUUCGAUGUAGUGGUCAGAGCAGUGAUGCGGACUGUAUUUUGAAUGUGACAACCAAGUAUGAGAUCUUACAAGACCAAGUUGCACAACAAAGAAAGCAGUUUCAAAAGGGUCUGGCUGUGCAACAGCAAUAUCAAACUCAGAACCAGAAAUUAAAAAUGUAUUUAUCAGAAUGCAAGGCAGAGUUGGAGCUUGUGGAUUCUCAAGAAUUAGUUCAAAGGAUAACAUCACUUCAGGUAUUGAAAGAAAAACUACAGGCAGCAGAGACACUCUUCAUGCAGGUGGAUACUACUCUACAGCAGUUUGUUUUAGAAAAUUCAGAGGAAGAUGUUGCUGUCUUGAGGGAAGAAUACAAACACUUACAAGAUGAAGCUGAGAUUUUAAAGAAAUCGGCAGAGAAAAAAUUAAAACACAACAAACUCAUAAAGAAGAACUGUGUAGAGUUUGAGGCCCUUAUUGAGGAGGCAGCGUCAUGGCUAGAACAAAAGGAAGACACAAUAGCUAACUGUGGUGCACUGGAUCUGGACACAGCCAUGAUGGCCCCAGUCGUCCGCAAACAUAGAAUGAUUGCUAAAGAGGCCCAUGAAAAAUUGAAUAGACUGAAAGAAAAGGCACAGGCUGAAGUUGCACACUACCACAAGAUUGAAGAAGAUAUUCCUGAGCAUAUCAUGGAAAAACUAGAACAGAUCAACAACUUAGAAAACACGAUGAUGAGUGCCAUUGCGAAGAAGGAACAAUAUCUCGAUGCAGCACAAGCAGACCGUGCUCAAUUUGAAAACUCCAUGAAGCAAAUUAAUGAUUGGUUGUCUGGUGCAGAAUCUCUCACAGACUCCGGUUAUGAUACUUUGGAGUACGAAAAUUUAAAGGACACACUUAUGGAACACCAGGAUUACUUUCAUGAGGCCAGUAUGUGUCAGGAUGAAAUGGAACAAGUGAUGGAAAUUUCUGAGCGACUUCUUCCUACUCUGGAUUCCAAUGAUACAGAAACUUUGAGGCAGACACUUAAACAGACCAAUCGAAGGUUCAAUGAUGUAACCACAAAAUCAAACAGAAAGCAGGAGAUGGUGGAACUCAAAAUCAAGGAAUGGAAGGAUUAUCAGACGCUAGUCUUGUCUUUGAAUGAGCAGUUUGGGACAUUGGAAGAGGAGUUGGCUAAAACUGAAAAUUUUCCACUUGUUAGCCAGUCAGCAGUACAGGAUCAGCUGAAAAUCACCAAGGAUCUUCUGAUGAAAAUGGAGAAGAUUCACCCGGAGAUGAAUGAUUUACAUGAUAAAGCUCAUGAGCUGGAAAGAGUUGGAAAUCCGUCAAGCUGUGCAGCAAUUUCCAAGCUGUCUAGUGAUGUUAAUCAGCGAUGGCAAGAGCUUACUAGAGCAGCAGAAAAUAAACAAAUGUUACUUUGCAACAUUGAUGUGCAGUGGGAGGACUUUGUUACACUUUCAGAUAGCCUAGAAAAAGUGCUUUUGGAAGUUGAAGAGACAAUGCCUAAAGUAGAAACAGAAAAGUAUACAACUUCAGAGCUGAACAUUCAACUUAAAAAUGCAAAGGAUAUAUCUUGUACAUUAAAGAACUCUGAACAAAAAGUAGUUGCCCUGAAAAAAUGUGCACAGAAUUUGAGACAGAUUUUGCCAACAGUUGAGGCAGAAGUACACACUCAGGAAAAAUUGUUUCAUGUCGUUGAAAAAGUUGAGAGGAUACAAAACAGAAUACAGGAAAUUCAAGCAUCAUUGGAGGAUGAGGUCGAAGACAGAGAAAAUUUCCACAAGGGUACAACAGAGGCACUGUCUUGGCUUAGGGAAGCUAAUGUAGCACUUAUAACAAUGGACUCCGGAAAGACUCUGUCAGAUGUAACAGAAAGGCUGGAAAAGCAAAAGGUGCUCGAACUUGAAUUUGCUGUGAAAAUGGAACAACUGAAGCAUAUGACACAGCUACAGGAAACAAAAUACAUCUCCAUCAAUAAGACGUUGCCUUUGGAAAUGGCUCAUGAGUUACAAGACAUUCAAGAGUUAAAAACUUCUGUUAUGGAAGUCAUGCAAUCCAAAGAAAAAGAGCUGCUGCAAAUCCAACUUGAUAGACAGGAAGUGACUGCAGCCUCAAAAGAAGUGAACUCUUGGUUGGCAAAGAGUGAACUCCUAUUACAGGAACAGAUUGUCAACAUUUCAGACUGCAGGCAGAGACACCAGCAUCUGUCUGUUGAGUUUGAAAACUUCAAACCUGUCAUAGAUCAUCUGCGACAGAGAGGGAGUGAUCUGAUUCAACACUCACCAGAUCCACAGGAAAAACAGGCUGUGCAGGAGUCUCUAAGAUGCAUCAACCAGCAGUGGUUAAAUCUUCAAGCUAGAUUUGCUAAAAGAGGAAAUGACAUAAGUGAGGCUGAGAGGCUAUUUACAGAUUUCCAAAACACUGCUCAAUCUAUACAGGACAGGUUGACAUCUACUAGAAAUGUUAUGAACUCUGCAGAGGGCAGUGGAUUAAAAGAGCUCUUGAAAUUAUAUGUGAAACUGUCCAAAGAAAGUGACCAGAACCAAAACAAAGUGGAAUAUCUAAGGAGUAUAUUCAAGCAAAUGGAACCACUAUGUGAUACUAGCAAAGAAAGAAACAGACUAUCCAGAUUAAAUCAGGAGAGAAUUAAAUUACACACAGAAAUAAAUGAUAAACUGGGGUUGCUAGAAGAAUCAAAAAGCCACAUGGAGGAGUAUGAGAAAGAUGUCAGAAAUCUGACUCAAUGGAUAGAUGAGACUCGAUCACAAUUAUUAGUGAAAGAUUCGAACAGUAGUUUGAAGGAGCAAUUAACUCGAAAAGAGAGACUACUGACAGACAUAGAGGUUCAGACAAGAAAAGCACAGGAAGUAUUGGAUCAGCGUGGUGUAUCAGAAAGACCUGAUUAUAGCCUGUUAGCUAAGAUGAAUGACUUACAACAAGAGGCAGAACAGAGAUGUGAACAAUUACAGGAUGCAGUCAGUCAACAGGAAAAAUUUGAGGCAGAAGUCCAGUCUCUCACAGGAGCUAUCAAUGAAGCCAAGGAAAAGCUACUGUCAUCACAUGUACAAGCUACUGACAUGCCUACCCUGAAAAAACAAAUUUAUGAACAUAAUGCUUUAGCAGCACAGGUUAAAUCCUUUGAGGAGAGAUUAAACAAAAUCAAUGAAAGAAAUGAAAAACUUCUGGAGGAAAGUGCCCCAGGUCAUUCAGAUCAAUACAACAGACUCAGUGACCAUGACUAUCGCAGCUCAAAUUCAUCCUUGCGAACUCCUGUGCAAUCCGACACUGACCACCUUGACAGUGGUGUUUUUCUGUCUCCUACUAUUGCCUCUACUACUACUUCCAUGUAUUCUGCGAAUCCGCACAGAGAAGCUGAAAAGGCACGGAAAAGAAGUCAUUUUAUUUCUUCAGCUUCGCAGUCAUCACCAAGAAUUGUUUAUGAAAUGGCAAAGCAAUCAAGUGACACAAUUCAUUCAAUUGGCUCUCAGGAAAGUUUUGAUCAACCAAGACUAAGUCUAUCACAAAAUGAAGAUAACUUUUCAAACCUUCUGAGCAAACAAAGCGAGAAUGAGUUAAACAGGUCACUAUCUGGUUCUCAGAAACGGAAAAGUCGAUCUCCUUCACCUACAGCUCUCUGUGAUGAUGAAUUGAUUCGACCAAAGUCGAAGUACAAUACGCCACAAAUGUUGUCAUUAGGCCCAAGGCAGUCUAGUCCUCCAAGAAGAGAACACAAAAUGGGCAUGAAGCCUAUGAAAGCUACUUUAAAGUUUUUGGAUCCAAUGAAGAGUGUGUCUGCCAGUGUGCCUAAUUUGCUUGCUGCUCACCAUGAACCUUGUAGUCUGGAACGCAGUGCAUCUUUUGAUUUAAAAAGUAGACCAUUGUCAGUUGAUCAGUCAGCUGCAGCAAAAGACACUAGUCUGGCUGACCUUAAUUCAUCCUGGAAUACCCUUCAGCUUCAGCUUGGGGCCAAAGAAGAGCAGCUUCGUAAUGCCUUACAAAGUCAAAAGCAAUACCAGCAAGCAGUUCAGGAGGUGACUGGACGACUAGACAGAAUACAACACAGUAUCUCCCGAGAAUUACCAGUUACUGCUGAUCUAGACAAACACAUUGGAGACUUUCAGCAAAUACUACAUGAUUUUGAUGGUAUAAAAAGUGAUGUAGCGCAACUUAAUGAGCAAGGUAGAAAACUGGUAGAUACAUCUGACCGAGAAGGCUUCAAGACUCUGCAAUCAACUCUCUCAAUGUUAAGUGCCAGAGUGGAAAAUCUACAGACUUUGGCUGACAUCAAAAGCAAUCAGUUACAAAAUUGUCUAAGAGAAAAAGAGAGGCAUGCAAUAGCAAAAGCAGCAUACAGAAAAGAUUUGAUUGAAAUAGAGGAUUGGAUUGAUGAAAAGGAAAUGCAGCUGUCAUUCGUGCCAUUGUCGUCUGAAACACCAGCAUCCUUGAGAGAAAGUCUGGAAAACAAUCAGAUGCUGCAGGAAGAUGUAAGCAAAAAGCUGCAGCUGAUUCCAGACUUAGCAGUUCGCUGUGAUCGUCUAUGCCAAAUGGAGACUUCUCAAAAUGCUAAGAAGUUGCGGUCACAGCUAACAAACUUACAAGAGAGACUCGGUACCCUCAAAUUAGCAAUGAUAGAGAAGAUAGGUCAUAUAAAAAAUGCGAUCAAAGAAAGUGAGAAAAGAAAAAAAGAGAUGGAUGAAUAUGAAAGUAGUACCCAGAAACUUCAGUCGUGGGUGAUGGACACAAAGCAGAUGACAUUACCAUCAAUAAGUGUGAAAAGUUCAAUUUCUCCUGAUCAUGCUGAACUUCAACAGAGGUUGAAAUCAGAUAUUGCCGAUCAUAAACAACUUUUGAAGCGGAUUUCAGAAGAGGUUCCAGAUCUCAAACCUCUAUCGUUGGAGGUUUCUGAUCUAUCGAAUACUGAGUUUGAUCAGAGAUGGGAGAAACUUCACAGAGAAUUUGCUAAGAAGCGACAAAACCUGGAGGAGUUGAUAAACAAAUGGGAUGUAAAAGAUCCCAGUAUGUUGUCUUCAGGGUGGCAUCCACAUCAACACAGAAAACCUCAUCAGGUUAUGGAUGUGAAGACUAAAUUGAAGGAUUUGUUAAGUUUCUGGCAACAGCUACAAGACCAGUGUGAGGACAGGCAACUGCGAUUAGAUAAUGUACUUGGCUUUCAGCAGACAUAUCAAGAAGCAUUGGAGAAUAUUUCUUCAUGCUUAGAUCAUGCAGAACGAAAAUUGUUUCACUCAGAUGCAGAAUUUUAUUCCGGUGAUAUGCUCAAGGACAAUGAGGUUCUUCAACGUGAAAUUAGAUCCCUUCAAAAGGACAUAUCAGCCAUGGAAAUGAUGUCUAAAGAAUUACUAUCGUCAGCCAGUCCAGAGAAUCAGGACAUCAUCAAAUACAGUCUUAAAGAUCUAACUGAUAGAGUUCAUAUGAUUGAGCUCCAAGCACAGUCGAAGGGAGAAUCACUCAGAAAUUCAUACAGCCUUUUGAAAGAGAACAAGGAGGAGUUGAGAAAUCUCAAGGAAGAAUUGUUAGAAUUAAGCAAAGGACUAUCCAAGUUUGAUAAGUCAUUUCCUGUUGAUCAACAUAUUUCAACUUUGCAGAAAAUGGAGGCUCAAAUAAAGAAAUUGGAGUGUAAAUUUGAAGACCUCAAGAAAGAAGGAGAGGAAAUUUCUUGUCAGACACCUCAAAGAAAACCACCGUCUGAAUUACAGUCCAUUAACACCAAGCUGACAGAAAUAAAGCAAAUGAUAGCAGAAAGAAAAGAAGGCAUUCUACAGUCAGUCUCUGUACAGAAGCAAUAUGAACAAAUGUUGAAGGAUUUUGCGGAAUUCUUGGAAACAGCAAAUGAUAAAGUGAAGAUUGAAACUCUAUCAUUCAACAGUCAGGAAGAACUGAAAAAACAGCUUGCAUCCCAUCAAGAAUUUUUCAGUGACCUGGAAGAGCAUAGAGCAAUGCUGGAUAACCUGGCUGCACAAACCAACCAGUCUGUCCGACAUAAACAUAUCAACACACACUCAAGACUAAAUAACCAGACACAAGUCUUACUUGAUAAGGCCAGCUUGUUUGGACAGAAACUUUUGAGAACAGCAAGAGAAUGGACAGAGAUACAUCAGAAUUAUCAAAAGUUGCAUCAGUUCAUGGAUGAUGUUGAAAAUCAAAUUCCAAAAUCUAUGUUUGAAAAAGAAACUCCCGAAACUAUUCAGGAGAAAAUCAGUGUGUAUGAACAACUACAAAGAGACUUAAAUGGAGAAAGGCCAAUCUUAUUUCAGUUUGUUGACAGAGCAAGACAACUGCUGCAUACUGUUGACUGUGAGCCACUAGAAAAGGAUGUUUCUGAUAUAGCUGAGAAGUACAUUAAAUUGAACUCAGAAGUCAGCAAUGCACUGAAAAGUUUAGAGUCUAUUGGACAACAGAUGGAAUUCUUUGAAAAAGAGACAUCAGUUUUGUCGUCCUGGAUAACCAAUGCCAUGGAAAAAAUAUCCAAGAUAAGAAAAUUGUCAGACAGAGAUCAACAGAGUAUUGGAGUGAUUCGUAGCAAGGUCGACAAACUACUGGAAUUCAAGAAAGAAAUGAAUCAACAAGAAGCUCUGAUGUCUAAGGCUCUUCAAACUGGUAAUCAUCUAGCUCAAAGCAAAUCGUACAAUGCAAAAGAAGCUAGAAGCAAAGUUGACUGGAUUUUAAAAAAUUGGAACAAAGUUCGUGACAAUGUAGAAGAAGCAGAGACAUAUCUACACCAAGCUCAAAUGAAUUUAAUGCCAUCAAGACAAGCAUUGAAUGAAUUAACAACUUGGUUAGAUAUCAUGGAAAUAGCAGUAAAAACAGAGAAGGAAAAGUCAAAACAGUCAUUUGCCGAUUUAGGAACUUCACUGAGAAAGUUCAAAGACUUCAACAUAGAACUUGGAAGUAAGCAGUUGACAGUUGACUUUGUCUAUCAAUCAGCGUUACAUACUUCUGCAGAGGAGUUGCAUUCAGCAGGAUCAUCUAGCCAGACAGACUUUGCAGAGAAACUAGGUCAGGCCAACAAGAGAUGGCAAUGUUUAGAACAGGAUAUCAAGCAAACCUUAGGAAACAUGGAACUGUUACAUAGCAAACUGCAAGAGUUUGACAGAGAAGUGGGCAAAAUUGGUGACUGGUUUGGUGAACAGGAAGAAAAAAUCACUAAAUAUCACCUGAUUGGACAUGAAGUCAGUGUGAAACAGACGCUUGCAGACUGCAAGAUAUUACAAGAAGCACUGAAGUCCAAAGAAGAUGAAAUAAAUGCAGUCAGGAAAACGGGGAAUCAAUUGAUGCAUCUCAGUUACAGUGCUCCCAAAUGCCAGGACCAUAUCCAGUCAAGUUUGAACAACUUAGAUGCUCAGUUGAAGAAAAUAUUAUCGAAAGUGCAAGAACUUGAAUCUGUAUUGGAUGAUUUUCUUGGUCAUUGGAAUGCCUUCAAUUUGGAGCUACAGAAGAUAAUCAUGGUGCUUUCAGAAACUGACUACUGCUUGAAAAGAUACACCAAAGUAGGACCAGAUUUGAAAGCUCUCAAAUUACAGGUGGAAAAACUAAUGAAUCUGUGUGAAAAAGUUGAACAGUGCCACCCAGGGCUUCAAAGGCUUGUUACUAUAGGAAACCAGCUUACUGAAGUUUGUGAAUUCCAAGCGAAAACAGAAAUUCAAAAGACCAUGACUGAAGUUCAAUCAAGAUGGAAAAGAAUGUCCACGGAGCUGAAGGAAAGACUAAAUAUGUUUGAGGAGACCUUGAAGCAAUGGGAAAUAUAUGAGGAAGAGUAUGCCCAAGCUAAGCUAUGGCUUGAUGCUAAAGAAUUACUUAGUUGGGAGUUGUUAGCAAAGACAGAAUACAGCAGUAGCCGAGAGGAAUGUUUGGAGGCAGCUAAGACUCUAAUAAAGGACUUGGACAAUUUCCAGUCAACAGUGUACCUACUUUAUCAACUUAGUGAUGCUUUGACCAAAAACAUAGACUCAACCAGUAUAGCUACAAUAACCUCUCAUCAGAGUGCCAUUGAACAUAGACUUAUGAUUCUCAGGCAAACAACAUCAAAACAGGUCCAGGCACUACAAGAUGAAAUUUCACAGAAACAAGGUUUCCAUUUUCAAUUGAAGCAGGUAGCGACCCACCUUAACAAUGUAGUUAAAGUUUUAGAGAAAGAGGAAAUGAAUCUGAGCAGUGAUGAACAGACUAUGAAUGACAGAUUGGAUGAGUUGAAAAAUGCCUUAGUUCAGAUGGAUGACACAGCAGCACAACUUGACAAUCUGAAUGACCUCGGCUACAGAAGAACACUCAGUGAACAGACCUCUAAAGAGUUACGGGACUUGAAUCGCCUGUGGGUUAACACACAUUUAAAUUUACAAGAGAGAGCAAAGUCAUUGCAAGAUUUGCUGCUGCUGUGUAAAGACUUCAAAACAAAAUGUGAGAUGUGGAUGACUUUCUUACGUCAGAUGGAAAUGGACCUUUCUACUGAAAUAGCUGGCAACUUGUCUGAUCUUCAGAAACAGCUUAAGCAGUGUGAGAGGUUUGAGUUGAAUAUAAUCACAAAACAGCAAAUUCUACAUUCAAUCAUUCAAGAUGGGGAGAAAAUGAUUAAGGAAGGAAAAGUGUCUCAAAAUGAGGAGGAUCUACCAUUAAAACUACAUGAAUUAGUUGAACAGUGGCACAGUGUAUUGAGGAGAGCCACUCAAAGGAAAGCUAUCAUCAGAGAUUCCAUUCAACAGUGGAGGACUUUUAAUGAAUCCACAGCAAUGUUACAUAACUGGUUGACAGAAAACGAAAGAAUUUUAUCUGAUUUUGAUAAAGACUUGGUAACAAUUCAAGGAGCCAAGAAUAAUCUGGAAAAGUUACAGAGUCUUCAGAGAGAGAUAAAAGAUCAAGAGGCAUCAUUUCAAAAAAUUCAUGAACAAGGAAGGUCCCUUUUGCAGCAUAGCGAUAAAAGAGCUAAAGAAGAAGCCAGUGAAAAAAUCGGCAGUCUACAGACACUCUGUAAUGGUUUAGUUAAUUCAGUUGAAAGCAAAUGUGCCAAUCUUAAAGGCACACUUCAACAAUGGCAAGAAUGUGAAAAAAAAGUGGAGGAUAUUUGUUUGUGGCUCAAAGACAUAAGAACUGUUCUUUCUACAGAACUGCCUAAUGAAUAUGACAAGUUGGGAGCAGAAUAUCAGAAAUGCAUGGAUAUUGAAGCCAGUUUUCAGGUAUCAGAGAUGCAACGACAAGUGCUGCAGGAGAUGGAAUUAAGAUUUAGUAAUGUAAUCCAACCAGAUGAUUUGAAUAUUUUGCACAAACGAAUUCUCCUCCUUAAUAAACAAUGGGAUGAACUGUAUAAUCAGGCUUCCCAACGCAGAAUGCACAUACAAAGCAGUUUAUCACAGUGGGCAAAUUUCAGUGAUAAUGUGUUGAGUUUCCAUAAAUGGAUCGAUGAGAUGGAGUACAGAAUCAUCAUCAGCAAAGAAUACCACAUUGAGGACUUACUGCAGAAAUUUUCAAAGGAGUUCAGAGAAGACAUGCUUACCAAGGAAUUAUGGAAAGAUAAAGUGAUCAAGGAGGGACGUGAACUCCUGAAGAUCAGCAGCGAUGCACAGUUCUCAGAUGUUCAGACGAAAAUUAGAAAAACUGAGGACAAAUGGAACCAUUUGAAAAAUACCUUUAAAUUCAGAAAGAGAAAAUUGGAAGAGACACUGCUUGCUGUAAAACAGUUGGAUACUAGCAUGGCAAACCUCAGGAAAUGGCUUGCAAAUAUAGAGCAUGACCUGUGCACACCAUUGUUUUUCAUGGAAUCAGAUGACACAGAAGUGAAAGCCAAACUGCAAUGUCAAAAGGAACUGCAAAAGGACGUAGAGCUUCAUAGUGCUGGUGUUGGUAGUGUGCUCAAUCUUUGUGAAGUUCUGCUUCAUGACUCUGAUGCCUGUCCAACAGAGGUGGAAUUCAGUGCUUUACAAUCUGCAAUGAAAAACCUAGAUCGGCGGUGGAGACAAAUAUGUCAAAUUUGUCCAGAACGAAGAAUAUGGAUUGAAGAAACUUGGAAUAUUUGGGAGAAGGUCAGAACAGAUUGCAGUUACUUUGAAAAUUGGCUUCAUGAUACUGAGUUAGAAGUUCAAGCCUCAGCUUCAGAUGAUGUGCAUGCAGGUUUCUCCAAAACAGAGGUUGAGCAUCUUGAGCAACUUCAGAGAGAAAUUCAUGGAAAGUUUGGUGAAUUAGAGCAAAUUAAUGAAGUUUAUAGAAAAUUAGCACGAGAAGGUAGGACAGAUCAUGCAGGUGCUCUGAAGUUGAUGAUCCAGACCUGUAACCAAAAAUGGGAUAUACUACAGAAACAAGUAUCGGAUAUUGCAACAAGUCUCAAACAAUUAUCAACAAUACAUGAAGAGUUCAAAAGUAGGAAAGAUCUGAUGUACAAAUGGCUCACAGACGUUGAAGUCAGAGUAACCGAUUUAGAAUAUUUAUCAUUGAUGGAUGUUCCAACGAAAGUAGCAGAAAUAAAGAGGUUGCAAAAUGAAAUGAAUAUUAAAAAUACCAAUAUGGAUGAUAUUGACUCUCUUGCCUUGCUUCUAAUGGAAAAGGAGUGCUUGAACAAUACCACCAAAAUACAGAAAGAGACAGAAGAAUUAAAGAGUUACUUUACAGUUGUUUUGGACAGAGUUUCUCAGUACAGCGAGAAAUUAGAAACAACGAAUGCUCAGGUUGAGGAUCCCAAUGUUGAAUUAGAUAUUUUGGAACUCCAGUUGAAGUCACAAAUGGAAUUCUCUACAGCCCUUAUAACAGAUAAAUUACAUGAAGUAGAGGAGGAUAUUGGGUCUUCUCUUCCUCUAGAGAGUCCACCAGAAAAGCGCAGGGCAAUAAGUCAAGGAGACAGGAAUAUGUCUAAUUCACCUCGGACACAAAGACAUAGAACAGACAACAGUAGAAGUACAACACCAUCAAGAAUUUCUUUCUCCCCAACACCAGUUGAUUCCUUGUCCCCUAGUAGAUCAAGACCUUCAUCCUCUAGAGCCACAAAAGAAGUUCAGUUACCAGAAUGCACCAAUGAUGCUAUGCUCCAAAGAAAUGUGACACAGACUCAGAAGAAUUUCAAGUUGCUGCAGCAUGAAAGAGAAUUGAAUCAAUUCAUUGCUGAUGUUGACAACAUGCUAACUUGGUUACAUGAAGUGAAGGGAAAUCAGAGCAAAUUACAAUCUUCUCAAGGGAAGAUUAGCAGUUUAGAUUUCAUUAUUAAGCAUCACAGGGAUUUCUUAAUGCAGCUUGAAUUGAAAAAAGCAAGAGUUCAGUCCCUGAAUCUUCUUGGAAAAGAUUUUAUUGAUAUCAGAACUGAGAAAGGUCGAAGGCUACAUGAUAGACUGAGGGAAGUAAAUUUUCACUGGGAUGAACUGUGCUCAAAGGCAAAUAUUCUACAGAGAGAACUACAAGAAGCACUUAUGCAAUGUCAGGAAUUCCACCACACCAUUCAUGAUCUACUUCUUUGGUUAGAAAGUGUUGAGAAUAAAAUACAGCAGUGUGAACCAAUUAAAUUAACAGUAGAUGAGACUGCCAUGUGGUCCAAACUCAGAAAUCUUAAAGGUUUGAAAGCUGAUUUAGAAAACAACAAGGAAAAAAUUUGCUCACUGAGAGAAACUGCAGACCAGCUUCUAAUCAACACAGAAUCUGUGGAUAUGACAACCAUUCGUGACAAAAUGCAUAUCAUUGCUAACAGACAGAAUGCACUAGUGAAGCUAUGCUCAUCAUACAUAGCUAACAUGGAGGAUAUAUUGCAAGUUCCAAAGCCAUCAAUAGCAGAGUUCAACACCACCAGGUGAAAGGCAUUCCCGAUUAAUCUCCAGAUCUUUAGUGGCUGCCUUUCCUCUUCAGUGCCUGUUUCUAUUGAUGCUCGGUUUGGCCAGUUUGGUUCCGGUCUGUGAGGAUGACUAUAGCUGUGAUCUAAUUAACAAUUUCAGCCGGUCAUUAGGACCAAUGUUACGUUACUUUGACGGGCCGCCGCCCGUGUAGAUUACUACAUGUUAAUCACAAAGAUUCGUGUAAUAUGUAUGUUCCCCCAAAGUAGUUUUGUAAUACAUGUAUAUUGUUUUUACUCUGUUUAUUGUUAUCAUUUUGAUUAUAAGUUUAUCCAAACCUAAUUUUCUCUGUUUUAGGGUUUCUGAUUAAAGAGUAUUGAUGGAAUGUGAAUUUCAUUAAUUACAAGAAAUUCUGUACAUGCAUAUAUGUGAAUUGUGAUUGAUGAAUAAUGAAUUCAAAUGCAACUGAA